CACCACUGCACUGAUAAAUUCAUGGUAACAUUUUAGUAUGUCUCUCAUUAAUGUUGGUACAGUAGCUUUUGGCUCACCAAGUCAAAUAUUAGUGUAUCUAAGAAGUCUUGGUUUGCUCGCAGAUGACAUGGAUUGUGUUCGUUGUGGUGAUGACAUGGAAGAGAGACUGAGGAGAGAUGUGAAGGAUGGGUAUAAGUGGUGGUGCAAGGCGUGUAAGACGAGGAAAACUGUAAGGGCGGGCAGUUUCUUUGAGAAAUCAAAGAUUCCCCUUCGGACUUGGAUCCUCCUGAUUCACCUCUGGGCCUACCAACUUCCGGUGUGUACAGUGGCUCAGAUGGUGGAGGUGAACAAGGAAACGGCCAUUAAUGUGUUUCAGUGGUUGCGGGAGGUAUGCAGCAUGAAGCUGGUAAAUACCAGCAUCAUUCUCGGUGGAAGUGGUGUAGUAGUCCAGAUAGAUGAAUCACUGUUUCGUCACAAGCCUAAGCACCACCGGGGAAGGGCAACCACCACGGAGAUGUGGGUAUUUGGGAUGGUGGACACCUCCACGACUCCAUCGUUAGGAUAUAUGGAAAUAGUUCAAGACCGACGGGCAGCCACACUCCUCCCAAUAAUCAAUGCCCAUGUUGCAGCAGGGACAACAAUUUAUUCGGACCAGUGGAGUGCCUAUAGCCAGGUUGGCUCUCUCCCCAAUGUUGGUAGCCACUCAAGUGUGAACCACUCACUCAACUUUGUUGAUCCAGCUACGGGAGUUCAUACCCAGAACAUUGAAUCCUACUGGUCAUCGGCCAAAAGGAAAUUGAAGGCCAUGAAAGGCUGUCAUGCCCAUCAGCUACCCAGUUACCUGGAUGAACAUAUGUGGAGGGAAAGAUAUGGAUCAGAUGGCUGUACAGCUUACAGCAGCAUCACACAAGACAUAAGGCAGCAGUACCCAGUUUAAACUACUACUGUCUAUAGCUUACAUCUCUGCUUGGAUCAUUAAUUUAACCUCACAUUUAACC